GCGUAGUCAGAGAGCCACCAAGACCCCGCCCCGGAUGUUGAGGAGGCUGAGAGAGAAGCUUGAGUGAGGUUCUAAUUUGGCUGCUGCUCUAGGAUCCGGAACUGAAUGGUGCAGACCGCUUUUUUCCCCCCUUUAAUGUGACGAAUUCUGGAUUUAAUGGGGGAAAACGUGCGUGAAGUUCCUGGGGAUAUAACCUGACGAAUCCCCCAUCUUCAUUUCCCCUCUGCCUUACGGCUGACUGCAAUACCCAGGGUGUACUUAAUUUUUUCAACUGUCUGCAGCCAUCUCUCCAAACUGUUUAAAUGAGAAUGUCCCUGGCUCAGAGAGUACUGCUCACCUGGCUUUUUACAUUGCUCUUCUUGAUCAUGUUGGUGUUGAAACUGGAUGAGAAAGCACCAUGGAACUGGUUCCUUAUAUUCAUACCAGUCUGGAUUUUUGAUACUAUUCUCCUUGUAAUGCUGAUUGUAAAGAUGGCAGGACGAUGUAAAUCUGGUUACAACCAUCGAAAUGGACCACGACAUAUGAAAAGAAAGGUCUGGUACUUCAUAGCCAUGUUACUUAAAUUGGCAUUCUGUCUUGCACUCUGUGCUAAACUGGAACAGUUUACCAACAUGAAUCUAUCCUAUGUUUUUAUUCCUUUAUGGGCCUUACUGGUUGGGGCUAUGACAGAACUUGGAUAUAAUGUCUUUUUUGCUCGGAGAGACUGACUUUUAACUAUGACUUUUCAAUAUAGCUUGCUGAACAGCAAAAAAAAAAAAAGUAUUCUGGAUAUUUACAAACUUCAAGGCUACCAAGGAACUGAAAACCAUACCAAAUGCAGUUUUAUAUUGUUUCAGUUAGUGUUAAAUUAACUAUUCAAGGACUUGAAGACAGCAUGAAAAGUAUUUAUUCUACAUUUCAAUUAUUAGUUUCCUUAUCCCUUCUUACACUUGUAAAAAUAAAACUUUGUUUUGAACCAUAUAUUUUAAAUGACUUCUUUUAAAAAUCCUGAUAUACUUCAAAGAUGUUAUAACCUUCAAAGAUGUAAUAAUCACAAAUGCAAAUCUCAUGUUGAUUAGCACUUAUGCACCAAUCCAAACCUAAUAAGACUUUAAAAUUAUUGGGAAAAAAGGAGUAAUGAUGUGUAUUAGAGUAGGCAUCAAAUAUGUUACGUUCUCCUUAUAAACAACAAAGCUUACUUAAAACAAAUGGCAUUUUCUUUGCUGAAUAAUGGGAAAAAUUCUUAGGUAAGUACAAUCAUUAUACUUUCAUGUUUUCAUUAAUCUAGGCAAAAUCAUGCCAGUUACCACUUAAAACUUUUAACACAAGUAAAAUUUAAAUUUUGCUUCCUUGCUAGAAGUGAUGUAACAGAAAGGGAUUCUCUCCCAGUCAUUCCUGAGAGGAAGCAAAGCCCUCUUGGAGAAGGGGUGGGAGCGCAGCUUUGGGGCCCCUUUCCAUAUAUACAUUGGGGAUUAUUUAAGAAAUUCUUAGUAGACAAUGAAAACAUCUCAAAAUGUUUAUAUUUAAGUAGGAUUACUUAAACACAAUAUAAAUCUGUCCUUGUUCAGACAUGUACAAUGCAGAGUUUUUUCCCAACACCAUGAAUUGAUAAUUAUGUACUAGGCCUGUGGAGGCAGCUUCUAAAAAAUCUGGCAAAGAAGUGCUUAAAAAUUAUUCCAGUAAUAAAUAUUUCUAUUGUAAUGACUAUAUUUUGAAAUUUCUCUUAAUGAAGACUAGGCUAUCGUACCCAUCACCUCACCACUCACAUAGUCAUGACCCUCUUUGGGCCCUGAUCUCUGUUGUGCUGUAGCAGCACAACAGACACACCUCUUCGGUCUCCCUAAUUCCAGUCUUUCCCAUCUCCAGACAGUCCUUCACACAGCUUUGAAAUAAUCUUCCUAAGGUACAGUCUGACAUGACAAUCAUCUGCUCAGAAACUUUUGAGUAGUACCCUAUUGCCUCAAUGUAAGCUCCUUGGUUUGACUUCUAAAGUUCUCCACAAUCUGACUUCAACCUCCUUAUUACAUGCAUCACAUCCUUCACAAUCCAGCAAAACAUUUCUAAUAACUAUUCCUCGACUUGACAGGAGGGAGGGUGUUGGACUAAUAGCUAUUCACAACAUUGCGUGACAGCAUUCCAUUCAGCAUCCUGGUGAAAGGAAAAGAUUUUAGAGUCAAUGGACUAGGGUUCAAGCACAGCUUAUGUGAGCUGGCAAAUCGUUGAACUUCUCUGGGCCUUUAUAAAAGUAAGGGGAUUGUGCCAGCUAGAAUUCUCAAAUUCUUCUGCAGCAUAGUCUGUGAUUUAAUGGUCUCUGACCCCCAUGCAUUCAGCCAAAGGAUCCCCUGUGCUUGGAAUGCACUCCUCCUUCUCGCCUGUGCCUCUCAGUCCUCUUCCUCAAAGAUUCAGCUCAGGUGCCACUUCUGUGAAACAUUACCUGACCCUUGACAGAUGUUAGUGGUUUUUCCUUCCUCAAAUUGCAUUGUAUUUGCUUCUCUGUUUACAUUGUUGUUGUACCCUGCCUUCCUUAGAAUGUGAACACCUCGAGGACCGAAAUUGUCUUUUUGUUUUAGUCUUUGUAUCCUCAGUGCCUUGUAUAUGGUAAAUGCUUAAUAAAUGUUUAUUUAAAUUGAA